UUAAAGAAUAUUAAAGUUUGUGAAAGGAACUGCAUGCAUGGUUAAAGAAAAGAUCAAAUUUCAGAUGCCUACCAACUUGAAAAUUAUUUAAAAGUUUAGAGGAAAAUUAGGCAAAAAGAUUGGAUUUUUAAGAGAGAGAAACGGUGAAGGGGUAGGGGGAGAGAUGAAGUGUCGAUUCCAGCAGGAAGUUCAUGAAAGGGGUUGUCUUUGAGCUGAGCUUGGAGGAGGGAUUGAUUUUCUGAUCUCACCCAGAGUGCCUGAAUGACUCAGUUAAAGCAUCUAUUGAAUGAGAAUCGUGAAAGUGAUGCGGAACUGCUAGGCCAUGUAUCAUGCACCAAUGUGGAGGAUGUGGAAAGGCUUGAUGAGAAGGACCUCUCAAAUGGAGAUGUCUAUAAUGGCACUUUCAAGUGUAUGCUUCCCCAUGGUAAGGGAAAAUAUACAUGGUCAGAUGGAACAGUCUAUGAUGGUGACUGGGAAGAAGGAAAAAUGACAGGCAAAGGACAGAUAUUCUGGCCAUCAGGAGCAAAAUAUGAGGGUGAUUUUUCUGGAGGUUACCUGCACGGUUUUGGCACAUUUGUUGCAACUGAUGGAUCAAUUUAUAGAGGUACAUGGAGGAUGAAUAUACGGCAUGGAUUGGGGAAAAAGGACUAUUGUAAUUCGGAUAUUUAUGAAGGAUCUUGGAGGGAAGGAGUACAUGAAGGCAAUGGUAGAUGUUCUUGGAAUAAUGGAAAUACAUAUAUUGGGAAUUGGAAACAUGGGAAAAUGCAUGGUAGAGGUGUUAUGAAAUGGGCAAAUGGUGAUCUUUAUGAUGGCUUUUGGUUUAAUGGCCUCAGACAUGGAUCUGGAAUAUACAGGUUUGCAGAUGGAGGAUAUUACUUUGGAACAUGGACCAGGGGCCUAAAGGAUGGAAAAGGAACAUUCUACCCUGCUGGAAGUAGACAUCCAUCUGUAAGGAAGUUGCAUGCCUCUUUGGGUUAUGAUGAUAGUAGAAAAGGCUUGUUAGCUCAAAGUUCAUCUUUAAAUUCUGAGGAAUUCAAGGUUAGGAAAACAAGUGUUAAGCGCAGCAUUUCUGAGAGGAUAUCGAUUGGUGGAAGUUUAAGAAGUUCAGGUCGAAUGUCACACAAGACUACUUUGUCAGAUGUUAAUUCAAACCGUUCUAAUGCUGCUGGAGAUAUUAUGCGUAAUGAUUCCUCAUUCAGAAUGUCCCAUGCAUCUGAUGGUAGUCAAAGUGAGGGGCAAGAUAACAAUGCUGUUGUUUACGAAAGGGAAUACAUGCAAGGAAUUUGUAUUAAAGAGAUACUGAGGAGUUCUACAGAACUGUCACACAACACAAAACAGCCAAAUAAGUUUCAUUCACAAGAAGCAAAAAAGAGUUCAUGUGCAAGCAUUUUCAAGCACAAUGAUAGCUAUUAUUUAAUGCUUAACUUGCAACUUGGUAUCAGGUAUACAGUUGGUAAGAUAACCCCAGUGCCUAGUCGUGAUGUUCGAGCUUCUGAUUUUGGAGAUCGAGCUAGAAUAACUAUGUUUUUCCCCAGAAAGGGUUCACAGUUCACACCUCCACACAAAUCCAUUGAUUUCUACUGGAAGGAUUAUUGCCCUAUGGUUUUCAGGGAUUUGAGGGAGUUGUUCAAAUUAGAUGCAGCAGAAUACAUGAUGUCCAUUUGUGGUGAUGAUGGUCUGACAGAGCUUUCUUCACCUGGGAAAAGUGGAAGCAUCUUCUAUCUUUCUCAUGAUGAUAAAUUUGUCAUUAAGACAUUGAAAAAAUCUGAGCUCAAGGUUCUACUCAAGAUGUUGCCUUUCUACCACACUCAUGUAAAACUGCAUGAAAAUACUCUCAUAACCAAAUUUUUUGGGCUCCACCGGAUAACAUUAAAAGGCAGAAGAAAGGUUCGCUUUGUGGUUAUGGGGAAUAUGUUUUGCACUGAAUUGCGAAUUCAUCGUCGUUAUGAUCUGAAGGGAUCAACUCAUGGAAGAAUUACACCUAAAGAGAAGAUUAGAGAGAACACCACAUUAAAAGACUGUGAUCUAUCCUAUAGAUUUCAUAUGGACAAAUUGUUGCAAGAAUCCCUUUUCAAGCAACUUUCUCUCGACAGCCAUUUCUUAGAAGCUCAAGGGAUAAUUGAUUAUAGCCUUCUUUUGGGUGUACAUUUUAUCGCUCCUAAGCAACUAAAUGGUCUUGUAGAACCUCCAGAUGCAAUAUCCACUAAUGAGAAUACACCUGAUGGGUGUGGUGUGACCUCAGAAGGCGAGCUGCUGAUUCCUGCAAAAGGUUUGCAGCUAGUGGCCCAUGAACCAAGCUUUGUUAACACUGCACCAGGUCCCCAUAUCAGAGGAAGUACAAUGAGGGCACGCUCUUUAGGUGACAGGGAAGUUGAUCUUUUACUUCCCAGCUGUGAAAGGUUACGAGUACAGUUAGGCGUAAACAUGCCAGCUCAGGCUAAUCGCAAGCUAGAAAACGGGGAGGCAGACUCUGCAGAAGUUGAACUUUUUGAGGUUUAUGAUGUUGUUCUCUAUUUGGGAAUAAUUGAUAUCUUGCAGGAAUACAACAUGAGAAAAAGAACUGAGCACACUUGCAAAUCAAUGAAAUUUGACCCAGUGACGAUAUCUGUUGUCGAUCCCCAGCUGUAUGCUAAACGUUUCAUCAAUUUCUUGCGGCGAACAGUUUUCCCUGAGCAACCACCUUUCUCCUGACCGUCAUUGUUUCAUACUAUCUUGUAUUUCCCCUUUGUUGUAGGGUUCUAAUCAUUCAUUGUAAAGGGGUGCCAUAUGCAGCCUGUCUACUAUAUGUAGAGUAUAUUUGGGUGCAUGUAAUUAGCGCCGCACUAUUUCUUUCCAUUAUUCUUUUUAUCUGAGUUUAGUCCUCCUCUGUCCUGGAUAUAGCAGUAGCAGAGAGACAAUCUGCUCUGGUUCUUGCAUAAAAAUUUUUCAUCAUA